GUUACAUGACACUGUGGAAACGGUGCGGCAGCAGCGGGGAAGUCGCUCGUCUUUAUUCCCCCUCCUUUAUAUCUUCAUGUGUUUUUAUUUCUCACUCGAGGAUGUACUUUGGACGAAUUUUUCGGUUUUAAAUCCCUAAGAAUUAAAAGAGUAUUUUUCCUUUUCUUCCACCUCCAUCACUUUCCUCUCCAUCUCCAGCUUUUUAUUUUUUGCUCUAGCUCAGUUCUGUUUUUUUUUUUUUUAAUUCCUUUGAAUUUUGAUUUCCAAGGACGCAGCAGCUUCUCCACCGGACCACCGAGGAACUAUUUUCUCUCUCUCCACUUUGUGUUGGCACUUUUUCUUAACGCACAUUUGUUUUUCCUGGACCAUAUCCGCUGUGCGCUGACUCACACGCUGUAGUGAUGAGAUCUUAAACUCGUGGUUCUCCUCUAUUUGUAUUUGUUAUUUUCUCCUCAUGACAUUGAGGCGUGCACCGGACUCUCCAUUCCGACCCGCUUGCACGUCAAGUUUUCCGGGUCGCGUGUAGUUCAGAGACUCGUGGAGAACAGACACACACACACUGACACAGACAAACACACGCUCUCCUCCUGUUGCUCCUCCAGACACACACCGGCUGCGUGUCCGCGCCACGCCGCUUCCUCUCCCGGUGACUCACCGUCGACGCUCCGGUGAAACCAGAGCAGACGGUCCCCUCACCCCCCUCACCCCUCACCCCCUACAACUUCCACCGGGGAUUUCCGUGAGAUUCCCUCGCCCGGCCGCGGUGGUGGCUUCAGUUCCUCCGGUGGAGCAGAGCGAGUCAGUUUGUUAAAAAUGCCCCAGUUAUCAGGCGGCGGCGGCGGCGGAGGAGACCCGGAGCUGUGCGCCACCGACGAGAUGAUCCCCUUCAAGGACGAGGGGGACCCGCACAAGGAGCAGAUCUUCGCCGAGCUCAGCCACUCGGAGGAGGAGGGAGACCUGGCCGACAUCAAGUCGUCCCUGGUCCACGAGUCGGAGAGCAGCCCCAACAGCAACAGCCACGACGCAAUCAGACAGUCCCAAGAUUCAUAUCACGAAAAACACAGAGACCAUCUGGAAGACGGGAAACAUCAUGACAUGUACGGCAAAAGCCAUCACUACUCGGGCUACCCAGGCUACAUCAUGAUGAGUAACAUGAACGACUCCUACAUGAACAAUGGCUCCCUCUCACCACCCAUGGCCAGAACGUCCAACAAAGUUCCCGUGGUGCAGCCGUCCCAUGCAGUCCACCCACUCACCCCGCUGAUCACAUACAGUGACGAGCACUUCGCUCUAGGAUCACACUCUGGACAUCAUCACCAGGAUGGCAACAACAAACAAGGAAUGCAAAGGCAUCACCAGGACAUGACCAACUUCUACUCCCUAUCACCUGGAGGAGUGGGACAGAUCACGCCGCCACUGGGAUGGUUCUCACACCACAUGGUGCCUGGCCCCCCAGGCCCUCACGCCACAGGGAUCCCCCACCCGGCCAUCGUCAACCCGCAGGUCAAACACGAGCCACCGCACGAAACAGACAUCAUGCACAUGAAGCCCCAGCAUGAGCAGAGAAAGGAGCAGGAGCCCAAAAGACCGCACAUCAAGAAGCCACUAAACGCCUUCAUGCUCUACAUGAAAGAGAUGCGUGCGAACGUGGUCGCCGAGUGCACGCUGAAGGAGAGCGCAGCCAUCAACCAGAUCCUGGGACGAAGGUGGCAUGCUUUAACUCGGGAAGAGCAAGCUAAGUAUUAUGAGCUAGCCCGCAAGGAACGGCAGCUCCACAUGCAGCUCUACCCAGGCUGGUCCGCUCGAGACAACUAUGUAAGUAUCAACAGAACAGAUUUGCAAAGGUGCGAGUGUGUGUGUGUGUGUGUGUUGUGUCCUUUCUUGUUUGUUUGUGUCCGUGUCGCAUGACGUGUUCUUUAGAUGUCACACAAUAGUCACACAAACACGCUAAUUCACACCAGUCGGCUCCGUGCUAAUAGGGUCCAUUGGUGGACCCUUUGUCUCAGCCUGAUUUGUAAUUCAUAACACUGUGACUCACUGCUACAUUACCAUCCACACUUAAAUGGAUUGUAGUAUCACGGACAUUAUUAUUGCCACAGUGAGGGAAAAUUGCCUGGUAAUGGUUAUGCCGGGCUUUGAUGUUCUAUAUCAGUGUGGAUGUAAAAGGCAACUGUUAGCCUGAGUUGCAGAGGCUGGAUGGUGCAUCCAUCAUUCAGCAGCAGCAGCCUCUGCUCCUCUAGCUGCCUGUUUUGUUUGUGAAUGUGGGAGGUUCAGCUGGAUUUAGGAUGCAGUCUGUUUUCGGUGUGUGUCUGUGUGUGUGUAUGUGUGUGUGUGUGUGCAUGUGUUUGGAAGUUGUCGCAGUCUGUCCCUGUGUACAUGUGGCGUGUAUGAAUGUGUGAGAGAGCA